AUGAGAAUAGAAAAAGUUGUUUAAGUAGCUACAACUUCACCAUUAUUAACUUUAUAAGGGUAAUUGUAAUUAGAUACAGAAUCAUGGGGAUUCAAUAAUGUUACUAUUGAUGUUGGUUUAUGUUAAGAAAAUUGUAAAUUAUGUUCUAAUUUUUAUAAAUGCUAAAAAUGUGAAAAUGGUUAUCUUUUAUAUUAAAAUAGAUGUGUUGUUAAUUGUCCAAUACAUUCAUCUGAGUGUGUAGAUUAUGAAGAUAUAAUCCCUUGUAAUUUUUUAUAUAAUUUUAAUUUAGAUUCAAAAUAUUUGGCAAAAGGAUUUUAUGAUAUGAAUAUGACAAUCGAUUAAAUUAAUACUUUUUAUGAUACAGUCACUAAUCCAACAACAAAUUUUUUAACUGGUUAGAAAUUUUCUUUUUUUCGAUAAAAGUUUGUAUUAGGUGGUCUAAUGGUCUGGAAUGACGCUAUUUAUAGUAAAACUUGGUAAAUUCUUAAGCCUCAUUAUGCUAUAAGCAUUAGAUUUAAUUUAACUUAUGGUGAUGAAUUUUCAGGAAAUUUUUACUAUAAAAUAGAUAAUUAACAAAGCGAUGCAUUUGUGAAACCUUUAACUGGAGGGUAAAAUUUUAUAGGUAGAGAGAAAGAAGAAAGAACAAGUCAUUUUUACAUUUAUAAGGAUCCUCAUAAAUCAUCUCAAUUGAGCUUUGAAGUCUAAUGUACUGGUGGAAUAGGCGAUAUUCGAUAAGAAUUUUGUGCUAUUUCAGAGUAUUUCAUUAUUGUACAUUAUGUAUGAAAUAUAUUAAUAAAUAAAAGUGUCCUCCAUUUUGUUCUAAUUGUGAAAGCGAUAAAAUUUGCAAUACAUGGGAAUCUGGUUAUAGUAGUUCUUAAUGUGAUGCAAAUAAAUAUAUAUCUUUUAAUUCUAUAAGUUAAACAUAUAGUUGCAAUAGUUGCACUUAAAUUGGAUGUGUAACAUGUAAUAGUUUAGAAGAAUGUACAUAAUGUGAUUUAGUUAAGAAUUUUUAGUUAUCAAAUGGUGUAUGUACAUGUCAUCCUUUUUAUUAUCUUUCUGGAAAUUAAUGUUUACGUUGUAAUUAAUAUUGUGGAAAUUGUAAUGGAAGUAAUAAUAAUUGUAUUUCUUGUAUUACUGAGCAUUUUAGAUAUUUAUCAAAAAAUAAUUGUAUUUGUCAAAUAGGAUAUUAUGAUGAUGGUAUAAAUUUUAUAUGUUUGCCUAUUUGUGGAGAUUUAUUAAUAGUUGAAGGAGAAGAUUGUGAUGAUGGUAAUUUUAAUCCUUUUGAUGGAUGUCAUAAUUGUAAAUAUUAAUGUGAAGAGACGUGUUUAAUAUGUAUUGAAGGAUAAUGCCUAAUGUGUAUAGAUGGUUAUGAUAUUGUUUAAAAUAAAUGUGUUUUAGUUUGUGGUGAUAACCUUAUUUUAUAUCCUGAAUAAUGUGAAGAUGAUAAUUUAAUUCCUUAUGAUGGAUGUUUUAAUUGUUAAUUUUCAUGUUCCUAACAUUGCAUUGAUUGUUAAAAUGGAAAAUGUAUUUAAUGUGAUAAUUAAAAUGGUUGGUAUCUAUUUGAUGAUAAUACAUGCUAAACAAUUUGUGGUGAUGGAAUAAAAGUUUUAUACAAUGAAUAAUGUGACGAUGGUAAUGAUAAUCCUUUUGAUUAUUGUGAUAAUUGUAUAUUUUCAGAUAUAGCCAAAAAAAAUAAUUGUGAAAUAUUUAUUUAAAAUAGAUGCAUGAGAUGUGAAAAUGGAUAUUAAUUAGAAAAAAGAACAAAUAAUUGUAUAAAAAAAUGUAAGGAGAAUGAGAUAGUAAUAAUAAAGGAAAUUUGUGGAGAUAAUAACAAUAUGAAAUAUGAUGGUUGUUAUAAAUGUGAACUUAGUUGUUAAGAGUCUUGUACAAAUUGUAAAAGUUAAGGUUGUUUAGAAUGUAAUGUUAAAGGAUGGAAACAUAAUAUAAGUAAAAUGAAAUGUGAGACAAUAUGUGGAGAUGGUAUAACAAUUUUAGAAUAUGAGGAAUGUGAUGAUUAAAUAAAUAAAAAUUGUUAAAAUUGUAAAUUCAAAUGUUAAGAAUCAUGUGAUAUUUGUUUAAAAGGGGAUUGUCUAAAAUGUAAAAAAGGGUGGUAUUUGAAUAAUUAUAAUUAAAUUUGUUAUCCAUAAAUAGGAGAUUUAUUGGUAGUUGGAUAUGAAUAAUGUGAUGAUAUGAAUGGAAUUAUGAAUGAUGGUUGUUAUGAAUCAUAAUAUUAAUGCUAAAUAGUUUGUAUUAGUUGUUAUUUUGGAUUAUGUAAGAAAUGUUAAGAUGGAUAUAUAAUUAUAAAUAAUAAAUGUAUAGAAAUAAGUGGAGAUGGUAUAAUAGUUGGUUAAGAAGAAUGUGAAGAUCAAAAUUUAAUUGGUUUGGAUGGUUGUUUUUAAUAGAAAUAUGAUUGUCCAUUAUAUUGUAAAAUUUGUGUAAAAGGUUAAUGUUUGGUUUGUAAUUAAGAAUUAGGAUAUUAAUAAUUUGAUAUAUAUAAAAAUAUAUGUGUAUCUAUAUGUGGGGAUAAUAUAAAAUAAAUAGAUGAAGAUUGUGAUGACGGUAAUAAUAUUUAAUUUGAUGGUUGUUUUAAUUGUUAAUUUGAAUGUGAUUUAUAUUGUAUUGAUUGUAUAUAAGGAAUUUGUUAAUAAUGUAUGGAUGGUUAUUAUUUAAAUAGAAAACAUAAUAAUUGUGAAAGUAUAUGUGGAGAUGGAAUAGUAGUUGGUAAUGAAUAAUGCGAUGAUGGUAAUAAAAUUAUAGAUGAUGGUUGUUCUGAUUGCAAAUUUUAAUGUCAUAAAUAUUGUAUAGCAUGUGUUCAUGGUAUUUGUGUAGAGUGCAGAGGAAUAGGAUGGGAAAUAAAUUAGAUAAAUGGAUAAUGUUAACCUUUAUGUGGUGAUGGUUAUAUUAUAGACUAUGAAUAAUGUGAUGAUGGUAAUGAUAUUAGAGAAGAUGGAUGUUUUGAAUGUUAUUUUGAAUGUUAAAAAGAAUGUGCAAAAUGUAUUGAAGGAGAAUGUAUGGAAUGUGGAAUUUUAGGAUGGGAUUUAGAAUAAGGUAGAUGUAUUCCACAUUGUGGAGAUAAAUUAGUUGUUGGAGAUGAAGAAUGUGAUGAUGGUAAUCUAAUUGCUUUUGAUGGUUGCUAUUAUUGUAAAUAUCAUUGUUAAGAUUAAUGUACUGAUUGUAAAAAAGGUAUAUGUUAUGAAUGUAAGAUUGAAGGAUGGAAUAUAUUAAAUCAUAUAUGUUAUCCAGUAUGUGGAGAUGGUUAUGUUGUACAAGGAUACGAAUAAUGUGAUGAUGGUAAUUAAUUAUAAUAUGAUGGAUGUUAUUUAUGUGCAUAUUAAUGUGAAUUUAAAUGUACUAAUUGUUAAAUGGGUAUUUGUUAUGAAUGCAAUCAAUUUGGUUGGAUUAUUGAUAAUUAUAAUAAAUGUAUACCAAUUUGUGGAGAUGGUAUUAUUAUAGGAAAUGAAUAAUGUGAUGAUAUGAAUAAUGAAUAUAAUGAUGGUUGUUUCUAAUGUUAAAAUGUUUGUGAUCAAUAUUGUACUAAUUGUUUUAAUGGAAUUUGUUAUUCAUGUCAACCUGGAAGAUUUGUAUAUGCAAAUGUUUGUGUUUCUUUUUGUGGAGAUGGUUAUUAUGUUCCUUAAAAUGAAAAUUGUGAUGAUGGAAAUGAUCUAAAUAAUGAUGGAUGUAAUUAAAAUUGUUAAAUUGAAGAAAACUUUAAUUGUAUUAACACUAUAGGAGCAUCAUCUAAAUGUUUUUAUUCUAAAAAACCUAAUAUCUAAAUUAACAUACUUACAACAAAUCUUUAAGAUUAUUAAGAAGUAGAAAUCACUUUUGAUUAAAAAGUUAAAUAUUCAAAUUUAAUUAAAGGAGAUAUAUUGA